CUAACAAGCACUUCCUGUAUUACUGCUGAUGCAAUAUUGAGAGCACUACUCGUAAAUUUGUCAAAGUUCCGUGUCAAUGCAAUCCAAUGAAAUAACUGCUGAUAUCGAUAACUAUAAAAAUCACGGUUACAGUGUGGGAAAUUCAAUUGGACGUUAUAGAACGUGAUUCAGUGAUCGGUUCAUGUUUAUAGUAUUAAGGCUGCAAUAUGGCAAAAAAUGAAAUCCCCACGUCAACGGUGGAGGAUCUGACUAUCAAAGACGAGAAUAAAUCCAACGACUCUAACGACGUAGUCAAUCCAUGGAACGUCACCAGCACAUCGUCUAAAGGCGUAGAUUAUGAUAAACUUAUAAAGCGCUUUGGCAGUGAGAAGAUUCAACCGGCAUUAUUGGAAAGAAUUGAAAAGCUGACUGGGAAACCACCGCACCAUUUCCUAAGUAGAGGAAUAUUCUUUUCUCAGAGAGAUAUGAAUUUGAUAUUGAACGAUUUUGAAAACAAGAAACCAUUUUUUCUAUACACUGGUAGAGGUCCAUCAUCAGAAGCAAUGCAUCUUGGUCAUCUGAUACCAUUUAUAUUUACAAAGUAA